GAGAAAACAAUUAAUUGAUGCUUUCGACACCACUCUGUUGGCUCUGCACUCCAUCUCUGUCUCACCCUACUUCCAGAAGCUUGCAGAAUCACAACUACGAAGAGAAAAGCGUGUUGCAGGAGCGGUCACCCUCAGAGGGCUCCAGACACAGUUACUUGUCAAUAGGCAUGGCACUGGACCUCCAGAAAUAUACAGUUAUUUGGACCUGGCUUGGAAGAAAAUAUCCUGCAACUGAAGCAUAACUACCACAGGAGCACACAUUUAGUUUUUAAUGUAUCACAACUCAAACUUAAUGGUAACAGCUUUUCAGCAUUUCAGCUACUCCAGAAAAAGACAACUCCCUCUUCAUCACCACAGGCAUUUUUUAAUCCACUGGAGAUUUCUAAUCAAAAUUGACAAGACAGUUGGUAUCUCGGAGAUACUGAGCUCCUAUUAUUUCUGUGAAAAAUCAGUCAAGAAAAGAACAAUUAAAUUUAGUGUAUUAACUGAGGGAGAGGCCUUGCUGCAUCUCAACCUACCGCCAAGUUGAUCUGUAAGUCACUAUAAAAGGCAACAACAAAGUGAGAACUCUGGAUGUAGUCAAAUUUCAAACAAAGCCACUUUUAAUAAUUAUUGGGAAGACUUCUUGGAAACUGGUGCUAGUAUAGUAAAAUACAUAACACCUAAGGAACAAACGUCAAAUCUAAAACUCCACAACUGGUAACUGUGAAGCUAUUACAUGACAUUGUAUUAGAGGCUUGACAUAGCACAAUUCCAAAAUUAAUGGAGAAGAAUCAGUAUAACUCCAGCUACAGAAGAACAUUUUAUUCUGGUUACCAAAUUAAGGUAAAACGGAGAGAAACAAAAGCAGCCUCCCCCUGAAAACACACCCCCACGGGGUCCCCUUUUAUCAUUAACAAUUAAUGUCCCCGCAGGACAUUUUAUAAAUAAAAAAUCAUACGUGUAACAAAAGGUCUAACAUGAAAAAAAUAAAUUCAGAGGUACAGCAAGUAGCUAAGAUGAUUGAAGGUGUAUUUGUUCUGUCAAUUGAAUCAAGGAGAUGAUCUGGUUUAAUCUGCCUGGCCACAGCCUGCUGCUGUUCACGACAAGUCAAUCCAACCACACGGCUGCGAAACUGGCAAUCUGCAGAUAUUAACACUUCAAACGUCACGGUUUGUCCAGCUGCUUUCCAGCACAAAGGAAAGAAGGAAGCAGGGUCGCGGCCACCACUGCACUUCCAGCACGACUGUCCCCUCGCAAGCUCAUCACGCACAAAAAGCAUCCAAAAAAUGAGAGCGGGAGGGGUUUGUUGCUUAUGCGAGACAGUAAAGACCAAAUUCAUGAAUGAUUUACUCCUGAGGCUCAGGGCUUGAUGCAAAUGAGCAUAAAGGAAGUUGUCAGCAGCAUCACACUCUGGCCAAUGGUAGAAAAGCUCCAUCUUGGCUCUGCCAUAGGCUGCAUUAAAAAAAAGGACCAGAACAGCGCUCUUUCAGCAUCCUUUCAGAUAAGAGCCCCCAAAUCCCUGACAGCAAGCACACGAAGACAACUCUUCAAGAAUGGCAACCCUCAACACCACUCACUGGAACGAAACUACAUCUGUUUCCCAGUAUCUGGGCUUUCAAGUGCAAAAAAUUUACCCUUUCCAUGACAACUGGAACACUGCCUGCUUUGUUAUUCUGAUCAUAUUCAUCUUUACUGUCGUUUCUCUGGUGGUGUUGGCUUUCCUCUACGAACUGCUAGACUGCUGCUGCUGUGUGAAAAAUAAAACUGUGAAAGACUUGGAGAAUGAGCCCAAUCCUGUGAGAGCAAUGAUCAACAGCUUCAGGAAGCGUGAAACAGAGGUGGUGUAAGGAGGGCUGAGCACCAGCACCUGAAGAAUGUUUAAUAUCUUGAAUGAAGUCCGUUGUACCUUACAAACAAGCACGUCACAUGCUUUUUUCUUCUGGACUUAAAUAUUAUAACAGCAGUGAUCAGUUUAUUUCUGGAUGUGAACUUGAAUAAUUAGGAAAGGCUUUCAGAAGGAUGAUCUGUUGCAAUGUUAUGAAAGAAGACUUUUGGUUUUAAACAAGCUUUUGUUGUUUAUAUUGAGUUACUAGCAUACAUGUUUGUCUACCUGAAAGAACAAAUGUUGCCUAACACAGAUAAAACUAUGCUGUUUAACUGGAGAAAAUGUUUAUAAAAUGCUGAACAAUCUGAUCCUACAUGGCACCAAGACACAGCAGUAUCCUCCUGCUGAGGUCAGCCACACAGACAGGAAAGACUUACAAGGGGCGAAGAAAAAAAGAGAUGGAAGGGCUGAAGAGUGAGAGAUCCCCUGAGACGGGAGAGCCUUGGGUGAAUCCCUGCCUUGGCUCUUUCAAUUACUGCCUUCUCGCUUUUAGAAGAGAGGGCACUGGGAGGAAAAGUAAGCCAACAGGAAAUGUAUCCCUAAAAUGGUCUUUUUCAACCUCCUGUGGUACAAUCUGAUUGUUGCUCCCUCCCCUUCUCCAGUACCGGAGAAAUACUCUCCCCGUGCUUCACACUCAACCUGUUUAACAACUUCUGAGUGCUGAGAUGUGACUAAUGCCUGACCUUAAGAACAUCCAACUAUUUCCACAAACACAUACUGUAGUGGUACCACAGUCUAGAAGAAACAGAAACCUAUUUCUGCCCUAAGGCUGGUGCCUCUGUGGUAACCACAAUGCUACAAGGAAUCAGACAUGGUGGAUGUAUCACCCCUAUCUGGACUUCUCAAAGGUGAACUUAAAUUGACCAAGUUCUUGUGGAGAAACACACAUAGAUGGGUCACAGAUUCCCCAUACCAAUAACAGAAAUUCCACCCAACCUGCAGGCAGCUUUCGUGUGUCCAUGUGCUUCACAAAGGAGGCCACACCAGGACAAGUUUUGUGCUCGAGUCAGCAGGAUGGAUGCACAAUGAGAAGCAACUUCAUUUUGCACAAGAGAAUCUCCACUUGCUUCAUCAGCCUGCCGAUGCAUCCUGGAGAGUUCAUACUCACACCCUUCUCACACACUGACCAUGUAAGGCUUGGACUUCUAGCUCACCAGAUGAUUUUUCUUCUGUAGUUGCAUUGCAUCUGUUGUUUUUAAAACCAUACAAGUCUUGUAGUUACAAAUUAGAAUUAACAACGGCAUCUAACACUCUGCUCAUAGGUAAUGCCCAGUCAGUCUUUCAUGCUCCUGAACCCGUAGAGAAGCGGGCCAGCAAGAAACAUCCCAGACCACAGCUACGUGUGGGACACGAUAUUUAACUACACAAAACCCAAAUAACGUUCCUGUCAUUAGGGAAGCAAUAUCCACCUAAUGGCCAAACAGACAAGUAAGCUACAACACCGAUCUUGCAGUCUACCCACAGCAGAAAUACCUUCAUGCUAUGGCCAGCACCUAUAAUUAUCUUCCUUUUUAAUACAUAAAUUCCCUCUAUCAGGUUCAGUAUGCCUAAGCUCCAGAAGACCUGGGCACACAGAGAGACUUCCUAAUUUGACUCAUGCUCUUCCUGGUUGGUGAGACAGAGUCACAAGAUACCCAGGCCACUACUAACCAGCACAGCCAGUCCAGCGAUUCACCUGGAGAAGGACUCUCUGUUCAGCAGUCAUAAAAGGACACAACCACUCAUUUCGGACAGGCUUGUUACAGUGAAGUUUCGCCAGUACCAGUCCCUCGUGCAGGGAAUGCUUGUAGAUAAACAUCAAACCAUAAGCACAACUAAUGCCUCAUUACCUUCAGCUGCAUUUGACAGCAUCAGAAAGACCCGUGUCCUGCUCAAGAGAGACAAGAGCAGUCAUUGGGAUGUGCCAAAAUAAUUAAUAUGCCUCUUUCCUGAAGGCAAACACUCCAAAUGAACUACUUUCACUUGCAGUUCCUACAAAAUGCUCAUCAUGGCUGCACACAAGAAGGCAGUGUGCAGGAGGUAACAAAGCGAGCCUCUCCUACACUGGGUUCGUGUUCUUAUGCCUUCCUGAGAAGCACAUGCAAGGGAAACCUUUGGGACUCCUUCCAGCUGCUUAUUUCACAGAUCUAGAAAGGGAGUUGGGUGUCUGCCCAAGGAACAGAAGACAAAGAUCUCCUCUUGCACAGCCCUAGAACCUCAGGACGAUUCUUCCCCACACAGAGACUAAGUUGUGAAUCAGCUCCUGGAGACUUCAGCUCUCGGUUACUGUUGGCCAAGGUCAUUUAAAGUCUUAAGACUGAGAUCUUAGCCACAGGUUACUACUGAUCAAUAAAAAGAAAUAAACCAAUGCAAUCUAUUUCCUUUACUUUCCAGUUAUCAUUCCGAACUGAGUACACAAGGCAGUUUUGAUUUUUUUCUAGUAGCUUGCUUGAUCGAUGAUUUCCAAUGACUACAGUAAUAACUGUUUGCUGAGCUGUAAAGCUGACAAUGAAUCUUCACAUACAGGUCAUAUUUAGCUACACGGUCCUCUAAAGAUGAGCAUAAUCUCAAUGCCUCUCCUUCCCAAAAAACUGACCAGGGCAGGCUCUCCAAGUCAUAGAAUCACAGAUUGACAGAGAACCUGCAGGAACCACAUUCACCCACGGACUAUUGACGCAAACAUGUAAUCACGGUGACAAUAUCCAUUGUCUUUGUGGUCAAUACACAACAAAACUAGGACUGAUCACCUUAAUUUUAAUUUCUUCGGGGGGAUGAGACAGGGAUUCUUGAACAUCAGGUUUUUACUCCACCCCUCCUAGACCCAUCUCUGACACAGACACAUCCUGACAGGCACCUAACAACUUCAUAAUUCAAAUAAAAAGUGGGUUUUGAGGCAAAGGGCUUUGACUCUGCAACUUGUGCUGCCUGUGGCUGCUUAACCUGUUCAGUCGCUUGCCAGCCUGAACACUUGAUGUGAGCCAUUUUCUAAGAGCAAGAGGAAGAAAGUUGGUCCGCUCGCUCUCCGUUUGUUUCCUUCCAUCCUUCCUGCUUUAGCAGUAGUGAGUAAAUACUCUUCAUGGGAAAAUUAAAGGAGGCUGAACUCAUUGUGCAUAAAAAUGUUACAGAAACCCUGAAACCUUUCUGGUAUCAUCUGGAAUGAAGCCAGCAGCAUAAAAGAUAAAGUGUAUUUCCUGGCAGCCACACAUUCCCAUUUGUGUAAGCUAAUCAUUUCACAACUGCAAAAGCACUUAAAGAAAUACCCAGAUCACAAAAUCAGAGGAAAGAAAUUACUUUAUCUGCACUGCCACACAACUCCUCCAGAUCAGACUGAUAUUUGAACUGUCUGCCUUGUUCCUGCCUGCCCAUCCCUCUUUCCCAGCAAAACGCUCUCACUCAGGAUACGCAGUUCAGGAUAUUCCAAAUAUAAUUUUAUUUUAUUCGGUGAAGAGAGUGUAGCAAAAGGAUUGAUGGAAACCUGGUCUCCCAUCAGAGAAUGGCUGCAUUCAGAGAACUGAAAAGACCCCAAAGUUAUGUGCCUUGCACAGCGAAAGCGAACACAGAGCACGUUGCCGCAUGCACACAAAUUCUCUCCCUGCUGCUCCAGGUGCCACUCUCUUCAUUUGCUCACAGUGUAGCUUUAUCAACUGCUUAUUUGAUACCGAGAGAUGCAUUAUCAGCGUCACCAACCCAAGGAAAUGACGAAAUCCUGACCAAGGCAGACAGAAACCUACGGAAGCCCUGGUGCUCCUGAACAAGGAUUAGCUCGCAGGUAAAAUAAGAGGGACUGCUGAUCACAACAGAUUAGCUAGACAAGGUGAAAUUUACAAAAUCCAUCUCGUGGACAAAGAGCUGAUAACUUACAGUUAAUAAAAUUCAAUUUCAGGUGCUUUCUUGCCAGAAAUACAGAGAGAAUAAAACCACCGUUACUGCUUCUCCUGUGGGUCCAGCAAGCACCAAAACACACAAAUCAAAGCUGCUCAGCUUCAAGUGAAAUAAUGUUAUGGCAGUAGCAAUUCCUCUGAGCAACAGCAAACAAGUCACAGGAUGAUGCCUGACACAUAUACCUGGUACCAAAAGCAUUAUUCCCAUUAUACAAGUAAAUUUCUUAACAAAAAAUGACUAUUUAAGAGAAUGACAACAGCCACCAGUAACACUCACAGAAAGACUGAUUCAUGCUAACAACCAACAGCUCAGAGCGGACAAUGCCAAGUGGCUGUCAAGCAGGAGCCUUU